AUGGCGCCGGCACGUCCUGGUCAUGUUUCAGCUGAAUCCCGGCCAUGGAGGGAUCGACUGCUCAUUAUUUCGAAGCGGCAGCAGUAUUCCACUGGCAUAAUAGAGAAUCACAGCCGCGGUCUUUUUCAGCUUGAAGAUAUCGAGUCUGCUUUUCCAGAGCUCAUAUAUCAGACAUUAUUCGAGAAGUUGGGAUGGUCGAAGGGUGACUGGCACGCAGAUCAAGACGGCAGAAGGGAUAAAGCAUUAUUUUCGCGGAUGCUGGAGGAAGAUCGAAGCGAAGCGAAGGAGGGAGUACGUACGGUAUUCUGCGGAGGGUGGGCAAAUAAAGUAGAGGAGCCAUUAAUUCAACGAGAAUUUUAG